ACAAUUUGAAAUUUAGAGAUGGCCACAUAACCUUUAAGUUUUGUGUUAUUAAAGUAUUAAGAAAUAUAAUAAUUGAAGCGUUUAAAAAUAGUAAAUUGUAUUUGUUUGCAAAAUUUUGUUAUAAUGUUGGCUCGGGUGCCAAAAGAAAUUACAAGAAGACUUGUUUUAAGUGUGGGGCGUUUGUCUACUGCUACAGAAGUUAUUGAAACCGAAUACACUGAAACGCCUCAGUAUCCCCCAAUACUUAAUCUUUCACCAGAAAAAAAGCUCGAAAGAAAAAAAGACGCUUAUUAUGAAGAAAUUAAAAAAGUUAAAACUGUUGAAGAAAAACAGAUCAAGCUGAAUAUGCCGAGGUAUUAUGGUUUCAAGUGCUACAUGUUAGAAGAAGAAAGAAUACCCUACAACAAUUUAGCCUUUACUCAACAUAUAACGAGGACGCAUAUUAUUCAUCAAAACAAUUUACCUUCUUAUUAUGAUACUAUAAAUAUUGAUUCAUCGAUACCAGACAUAAAGGAGGAUAUAGAAGAAGCCCUUAUUUUAGAACAUGAAGGUUAUAUGAAAUCUCAUGAAAUAAAACGUGAAGACUUCACUCUUGAAAAGGGAGAAUUAGAGAAAAUUUAUAGUAAAAAUAUAAUUUAUCAAAUCAACAGGAUUCUUUUAAAUUCUCUUAAUUCUAAUUAUCCACAUAUAAUAAAUUCACAGGUUGAUAUUGAACCACGCAUUGAAUCAUUUUGGUAUGCAGGAGGUAUGAAUCCUCCAAACUCUGUUAGAAAAGGACGUUUAGGCAGGGAAUGGACCAAACAUCAAGAAAAUGAUCCUGUUGAUAGAGCAAUGCAAUAUAUUGGUGUUCCAAGCCUAACUGUACGAAGUAGUUUUCCUUUAGCGCCAAUUAUAUCAAGUUCUGAGGCUGAAAAUCCAGCACUGGAUGUUCCUUUUUUCCAAUAUGAUCCUCGAACUGUGGGAACUCACUGUAGUUAUAGAAGAAUUACUAAUAUCCCAGGUUUUUGGCCAGGAGAAAGUCAUCAGUUUGGUACUAUUUCAUACAAUCUCAGGGGUCAUCUACUUGAAAAGCAAUAUAAGGAUCCCAACUACACAAGAGAAGCCCUGCAUAGACAGGGUAUUUUAGGUUCUUUUGGAUGGUUAAAUGCUCAAGCCAACAACCUUGGAUUUACAACAUAUAACGACAUCACAUACCCCUUAACGACUCAAUGUGUUAUUACUAAUGGCAAAUUAUGGUCCUUCUACGUUUAUCAGCUCAACACAAUACUUAUUCAUUCAAAACAUGUUCACGAAAAUCCCAAACGUAACGUAUGUUGGUCUACAGAUUCAAUAAAAUUAUUCGACGAAGUCAAAGAUGGUAAAGUAAUUGGUUUUAAUGAAGACGUUCUUAAAAUGUUGGUGAAAUUUUAUGCGAAUCAACCUGUUGUUUCUGGAAACUUGGAAGACUUUCGUCCAUUUUUGAGUAACAAGGAAAAAGUGGUUGCUGAUUAUGAAGAUCCUGACAAGAGAAAAUGGCUAGAAAAGGAAUUUAAAUUCAUAGUUUCCAACAGACCCCGUCACAGACUUCCAUAUGAGAUUUACCACUGGGAAAAAAUAUAUAAAAUUGAUCACAAAACAAGGCCUAUGGAUAAGAGAAGCAGGCCAUUUGAACUGUUUCAAAAUCCAUGGAAAAGAACUUACGACAAUCGUCAACCACCGUACAUACCCAGAAAAUUGCGACCAGACUUGCCGAGGCACAAAGGUCGGUAUGCUAAAGAAUAUUUCCCUUAAAGUAAGUUUUAAUGUAUCUUUAAUUAUUUGUGGUAUUAACGCAUUUGUUUUUUUGUAUUAUAAUUGUUAUACCCUAAAAUAAAUAAAGA